UAUUAAAACAGAAACCAUGAAAUGAAUCCGCCGUGAGUUGGCCUAGAGAAUAAGGGGACAACACAGCCUUUUAAAAAACUGCAAAAAGUGCGAUGGUGCUGCCACCGUAUCUUUCGUUUCCGAUGUAAUAUAUUCACUUUUAUAUGUCUCUUUCAACCUUUACUCUCGGUGAUACAAAAAUCUACCAAUAUGACGGAGCCAUCACCAUCGGAACCGAAGACCGAUUUGAGCUCACCACCGCCACAACAAACACCACCACCAGCAACAAAGAUUACAGAAUUAAACGAGGACUCACUUGCUCACUGCGCCACUUACUUAAGCCUGCAGGACCUCUCCAACUUGGCCAUGUCCUGCAAGUUCCUCAAGCGCGUCGCUUAUUCUGAUUCCAUCUGGCAACACUGCUUCAAGGAGCGGUGGCCACAAGAAGCAGCUCCUAUAUUGUCCCACAAAUCAGGAGCGAGGGAAGCAUAUUUGGCUAGGCAUGUUGCGAUGCAUCGAUUCAAAUUUGUUGAUCCUCUCUCUGCUGAUAUCUAUACGGAUUCAAAACCUUUUGACCAUAUCAUAUUGGAUAAAAAUGAUACUAUAAUCUUUUCUCAGGGUUCGUCUAUACAGACGGUGAAGAUUGAUAGCUUUUUAAAUGGAAAAGACUCUAUGACCACAUUAAGUGAUCAUAAUGCAAGAAUUACAUGUAUGAGAUUGUUUCUCAUUGAUGAAACCUCUCUUUAUCGAAGUGAGUCACAAGGAGAAGAAAAUGUUUUGGUAACCUCCAGUUGUGAUCGCUCCAUUCGUCUAUGGUGGAAGGGCUCUUGCCAACGCUGUUUUAGAGGACAUAAUGGUCCUGUUUCAACCUUGUCAGAUAAAUUGUUAGGUGAUAGCAGUUCGAAUAAGGUACUGGCAAGUGGUGGAGAGGAUGGUACAGUUCGCCUUUGGUCCCUUAGCUCUAGAGGAAAGCGGGGCCAACAUGCUUUGAAAGCUACAUUUUAUGGGCAUGAGAAACCUAUUAGAUUGAUGUCAGUUGCAGGGCACAAAACUUCCCUUUUGGUAACCAUGUCAAAGGAUUCCAAGGUUAGAGUUUGGGAUACGGCUACAUCAUCUGCUGUUCGAUCUUCAUGCUGUGUGGGAAUGACUUCUCUGUUUGGUACACCUGUGGAUAUGAAAUGCCAUGAAUCACUGCUUUAUGUUGCUGCUGGGUCCUCUGUUGUAACAGUUGAUUUGAGGACAAUGCAAAAAGUUAUCACUGCAGCUAUCUACCAACCUAAAUUGUAUUCAUUCGCAAUUAUGCCUUCAAAAUCCUUAAUCUGCACCGGUGGAAAUGGCAAAGCUAUGCUUUGGGAUAUUAGGAGAAACCAGGAGACACUAAAACCGGAACCAAUAGCCGAGUUGGAUGGACAUACAGGUCCAUUGACGCAUUUGCAUAUGGAUCCAUAUAAAAUAGUUACAAGUGGACCAGCGGAUCCAUACGUCAAUGUUUGGGAAGCUGACACUGGCAUACAAACAAAUUCGUUGAUUUGCUGCCCUCCUGAGGAAGCAGUUGCUAGCUCUGGGUGUUCAGCCAUGGCUGUGAAUGGCACUCAGAUUGUUACUACUACUUCUGGUGAAGAGAACGGAAUUGUUCGCUUCAGGGAUUUCUUUAAUGCAUCUUGUCCUGUUCUGAGACAUGAAGAUGAGCACACUUCCAAGUUUUGGGAUCCACAACCUUAUAGUGAUAGCGGAUAGCUCGAAUGGCUGAAUAAACUCAUCAAUUUAAUUUGACUUUAAAUUUAAUUUGUAUUCAUGUUCCCUUGCAGUCCUGUAACAAUUUAGGUAUCUUGUUGCUUUUUGAACACUAGUGUAUUUGAGUUUGUCUGAUGAAGAUGAACAGGGUUUGGGUUGGUGAGUUAAAAAUAGGAAGGAAAGAUGUUGUAUUUAUUAAAUAGAUAUGAGGUACUGAACAAUGUACAAUGAAGGUGUAUAUUUAUAUGAAAAUGAUCACAUGAUCUUUUCUCUGAAACAAAAAA